AUGUCUCAUUGGAUGAUUUCUUCAUCUUCCUUUUUCUUUUUCUUUUUUUUUCCUCUUCUUUUUUUUUUUCUUUUUUCCUUUUCUUUUCUUUUCUUUUUUUCUUUCUUUUCUUUUCUUUCUUUUCUUUCUUUUUUCCCUUUUCUUUUCUUUCUUUUCUUUCUUUUUCUUUUUCCUUUUCUUCCUUUCUUCCUUUUCUUUUUUCUUUUCUUUUCUUUCUUUUUUCCUUUUUCUUUUCUUUCUUUUUCUUUUUUCCUUUUCUUUUCUUCCUUUUUUCCUUUUCUUUUCUUUUUUCUUUUCUUUUCUUUCUUUUUUACUUUUCUUUUCUUUCUUUUUUCCUUUUCUUUUCUUUCUUUUUUCCUUUUUUCUUUAUUUUUUCUUUUCUUUUCUUUCUUUUUUCUUAUUUUUCUUUUUUCCCUUUUCUUUUCUUUCUUUUUUCCUUUUCUUUUCUUUCUUUUUUUUCCUCUUCUUUCUUUUCUUUUUCCUUUUCUUCCAGUUGGUGGCCCUCACUACUAG